AUGGACUAUGGUGUUCUGAGAAGCUACGUGGCAGAGCUUUAUCAAGGAGUCCAGAGAGUUCAGGAGGUUCUGCUACUGAGUGAUGAAGAACAAGAAUGCAGGGAAUUCAAGAACUCGGUGACCAAGUUCCUGGAAACCGCUGUGAAGGAGACUAAAAAGAUUGAAACAGAAGAUGGUUCAACGCUCUUUGCAGUGAAAGAGAUCACAGAGAUAUUCCAUGGAGAUUCAGCAAUGGAAGAAGCUCAGCUAUUGAGAGUAUUCGUGAUCGUGAGAGACUUUCUGUCAAUUCUAGAAAAAGCAUGCAAAGAAAUGGAGAUGAACUGA